AUGCCAGCGGCCGCCACUUCGAAGGCCCCUAAUACCUCGAAUCAUAGGCCGCGACAUCGAUCAAUCGCAGAUUCCGUCCUUGCCUCCGCAACCAGGCCCCUGUCCCCCAGUGGCCUUCGAAAAAGCGCUGGCGCUCUGCGAGCUAGCAACCUUGUUAGUGCCUCGACGCAACUAUUCCUCGCAUGCAGCCCGCACAUUCCCGACGGCGUGCCGGGCUCAGCGGUCGAGCCCACACUGUGUGUCCAGGCUCAGCGGCUACUCGAAACUAUGGGGCUGUAUCUUGAUGAAAUCAGUGUCCGAUACUUCCAGGGUAUUCACACAUUCGUGCCCAUCAUCUCCCGACGGCGGUUCCAUACCCACCUCCUCUCUUUUGGGGCCAAUCCGCAGGCUGACUUCGCCUUACUCCUUCUAUGCAUGGCGUUACUCAUCUACUCCGCAGACUCGCCCGACCAUUUAGGGCAGCAAGGAGGGCACCGUGUCGAAUAUCUGACACUCUACACUGCCACCAAGUCCUUCAUGGCUCAAGCACAAGCACUCUGCGCGCCCACAACCCACCUCGUUCAAGCCGGCGUGCUGUUGGCGGUGUACGAGUAUGCCCAUGGUUAUCCGGAGCGGGCUUUCGUGACCAUCGGAAGCUAUACGCGGAUGGCGUAUGCAGCCCGGCUUCGAUCCACCCCCUCCCUGACCAGAACUGAUCCGCUGCGGACCGAUUGGACCGCAGAAGAAGAGGCUAUUAAUACCUGGUGGGGAAUCCGGAUAUUCGACUACGCGAUUAUCGGCCGACGGCGGCAUAGAACGUUCCUGUGUGAGCUAGCGAUUGUGAAUCAGCCAUUGGGGUCCGUGAUGCCCGCCAGCGAUGAUCGUCUACCACUCGAACCCGCAAUUCUAGACCAGAGGAAUUUCCCUACGGCGCUCACAUCUGGCCUCGCGAUCCAGGCCCUGAACUCUCCCCAGGUUGGUGGCUUCGGGCGAGCCGCUCAAGCGGCAUGGCUUCUGGAUGGGGUGCUGUAG